AUGGACCAGCAGUACAUGGAGUUCCUGGCCAAUAACUUCUUCCUGUACUUUGAUGAUAAGAGGCACCACACCGCCGGCAAUGCGCUGACAGAUGAUGAGAAGGCUGCAAACAGGGAUUAUUACCAACCUAUAGCUGACUGGAAAGUUAUGAAAGACCGCCAGAAGACCGUUAGCGCUGCUAUUGUUCUCUGUCUCAACAUUGGUGUUGACCCGCCAGAUGUGGUUAAGACCCAUCCGUGUGCAAAGACCGAGGCGUGGAUCGAUCCUGUGACGUUCAAUGACACGAAGAAAGCCAUCGAGGCUAUAGGGAAGAACUUGCAGAGCCAGUACGAGACGCUCUCGUUGAAGACUCGUUAUAAGCAGUCGCUUGACCCUUGUGUUGAGGAUGUAAAGAGGUUCUGUAACUCGCUGAGGAGAAACGCCAGGGAUGAACGUAUACUCUUCCACUACAACGGCCAUGGUGUUCCUCAGCCAACACAGAGUGGUGAGAUUUGGGUCUUUAACAGGAACUACACGCAGUACAUCCCAAUAUCGCUAUAUGAUUUACAGACAUGGCUGGGUGCCCCAUGUAUCUUCGUCUGGGAUUGCAACAGCGCUGGGAAUAUCGUGACAAACUUCAACAAGUUUGUACAGAAGAGAAUUGACGAUGAUAACGAGGUGAACCACGACCAGCAAUCUCCAUCUCCUGCAACGGCAUACAUCGACUGUAUCCAAUUGGCAGCAUGUAGGUCAAAUGAGCUAUUGCCCAUGGAUCCAGAACUACCAGCAGACUUGUUCACUUCGUGUCUUACAUGCCCUAUAGAUAUAAGUAUCAAGUGGUUUAUCAUGCAAUCCCCGAUUAAGAGAAGCUAUUUCGGUCCGCUGUUGGAAAUGGCAAAGAAUAACCCUAACGGUAACAUUAUCAUCCCGGGUAAACUGACAGAUCGCCGUACCCCAUUGGGAGAAUUGAAUUGGAUCUUCACAGCAAUCACCGAUACCAUUGCGUGGACUUCUUUACCAAGACCUCUAUUCAAGAGAUUAUUCAGGCAAGAUUUAAUGGUUGCUGCACUUUUCAGAAAUUUCCUAUUGGCUACGAGGAUUAUGCCUACUUAUGGCUGUCAUCCAAUCUCAGAUCCACCUCUACCAGAUACCCAGUUCCAUUCUAUGUGGGAAUCUUGGGACUUGGCCAUAGACCAAGUACUCACGCAGAUCUUGAAAAACGUUAAUGAAUCAAGUUCACCGUUGGGGCAAGUAAUUCAAUCCCCAAUGGUUUCACCUCCAACCACCAAUGGGAGUUCAUUUUCAAACUCUCACUCAAAUCAAUCGAGUAAUGGGACAUCAAAUUUCACAAAUGAUCAAAAUUUGCAAAAUUAUCAGCAUUCAACGUUCUUCGAACAACAACUAACAGCUUUUGAACUUUGGUUGAAAUUUGGAUCUUCAGCAAGACAGCCACCAGAACAAUUACCAAUAGUGCUUCAGGUACUACUGUCACAAGUACAUCGUGUAAGGGCACUUGUGCUUUUGUCGCAGUUCUUAGAUUUAGGUCCUUGGGCCGUUUAUUUGGCACUCUCUAUAGGGAUCUUUCCCUAUGUUUUAAAGUUAUUGCAAAGUCCUGCCCCUGAUCUGAAACCGGUCUUGGUGUUUAUCUGGGCACGUAUAAUGGCCGUUGAUUACAAAAAUACACAACAAGAAUUGAUCAAGGAUAAAGGGUUCAAUUAUUUCCUACAGAUGCUCAACCCGAAGGAUCCAACAAAUAAUAUCAACAACGAUCACAAAGCGCUGUGCGCGCUAAUAUUGAGUCUAUUUGUCAAGGGGUUCAAAAAUGGACAGAAAUUGUGCUUCAGUCCAGACCUUGUUGAUAGGCUUUUACAGUACGUUGAAACUUCCGAUAAUCCAUUAUUACGUCAAUGGUGUGCUUUGUUAAUAUCACAACUAUGGGAGGGAAACCAUGAGGCCAAAUGGAUAUGCCAAAAGGAGGGAUUGUUAGAUAGGCUAUACAAGCAAGUUAACGAUCCAAUUCCAGAAGUGAGAGCAUCUGUCAUCUUAGCAUUAAUGGCUUUCCUGCCAGAUCAAGAAGAGGAUGAAGAGAUGAAAGAGGAAACAAACGUUAUCAUGACUGUUCUCUCACUCGCCAACGAUGCAAGUCCAGUGGUUAGAAAGGAGAUUGUCAUUUGCCUUUCGAAAAUUGUCAAGAGGCAUAUAAACAAUUUCAUCGUGUUGGCAUUUAACGAACUACAGAUCGAGAUCUCCACUGUCACUAAUAUCUCAAUUGAGAACAAACAAUCAAUCGGAUAUGGCUCAAUAUAUCAUAUCAUUUUUAAGGCAUUGAUGUUGUUUUCGUGUGACGGAUACACCCAGGUUCAGAUAUAUGCCGAAAAUAUCAUUGACUACAUCUUGAUAAAACUGAGAGAAUCUGAUUUGGGGGAUGUUGUAUCUGAAAUGGAAGAUCUGAUGAUCCAAAGUUCGGCCUCGUCAACUGUUGUGAGCUCUAUUACUCAACCGUUACCAAAACCUUUUAAGAUUAAUGGCACACAACAAAGAUCUGUCACUGUGGGUGAUAAGGAUAACAAAGCACAGGAAAAUUCCACCUCUGGAUUUUCUUUAUUGAGAAGAACGUUGUCGUUAUCGAACAUUCUCAGGCCGUUUGGUUGGUCUUCAAACAAUGAUAGUUCGAAUUCAGCCGAUCCAUCAAAGUCUUCAAUGUCAAAUGUGUUUUUCAACGAUGAUUCCACACUACAUCCAAGGACAGCAAGAUUCGAUGCAAAGGAGUCACAAAAUGAAGAGUUGACUUUACCCUUGAUUUCCAAUUUCUUUGAGUAUAGUGUUGAAUAUUUUCAAGAACCUCAGAUGCAUAAACAUGAAGUCGACGAACCUGGUUCUUUGGAGUAUACGCGUCGUAUUUGGAGGCGGAAUAGGAACGAGGGAAUUAUCAACGAGACUCAGCCACAGAAAAAUCUCUCCCUUCGUGGUGAUUGGAAGACAAAUAUUGCAGUGUUAAAUAACAAGACUCAACCUAAGUUGAUCAAAUUUGCACAAUUUGAAAAUUAUGUGGUAACUUCUGAUGAUCGUGACCAAGUGACGACGUUUGACUGGGAGGAAUCUAAGCAACUUUCCAGGUUCAACAAUGGCAAUCCAUUUGGAACGAAGAUAACAGACUUAAAGUUGAUCAAUGAGGAUGAUUUACCCUUGUUAUUUACAGGGUCCUCUGAUGGUAUUGUGAAGCUUUAUAAGGACUUCCAUUCAAAUACUGAUGUUUCACUUGUAACAUCGUGGAGAGCAUUGACUGAUUUGUUGUUAACGCCUAGAUCAACAGGACUCCUGAUGGAGUGGCAACAGAGUAGAGGAAGUUUAUUGGCUACUGGUGAUGUCAAGAUCAUUAGAAUCUGGGACGCACCUCGUGAAAUGUGCCUCGUUGACAUCCCAGCAAGAUCGUCUAGCGCUAUAACUUCCUUAACCUCUGACCAAGUUGCUGGAAACAUCUUUGUUGCAGGGUUUGGCGAUGGUAGCAUCAGGGUUUAUGAUCGUCGUGUUGACCCUAGAGACUCGAUGGUCAAACUUUGGCGUAAUGCACUUGGUGAGCGCUCUUGGAUUACGAAUAUCCAUAUGCAAAGAGGUGGGUACCGUGAGCUUGUGAGUGGGUCUACAAACUCCACCAUAAAUCUUUGGGACAUUAGAAUGGAUGAGCCUGUUUUGACGUUCAAAGGACAUGAAAAAUCCAUGACGAGUAUCCAGGUCCAUGAGCAUGCACCUGUAAUUGCAACAGGUUCGAGAAUGGUUAGGAUAUGGACGACGAGUGGUGAUCUGGUUUCAAGCUUCAAAAACUCCAGUGGGUUCUCUUCGAGUUUGAAUAACAGAACACCAUUCCUCAGUUCAUUGGCAUUACAUCCACAUCGUAUGAUGUUGGCUGCAAAUAACCAGCACGAUCCUUACAUUAACAUUUAUAAGUGUACAGAGACUCAUCAAGAGUGA